AUGCUUGAACAGGAACUAGCUCAUCUUCCCGAGGAUGUUCGAGAACAGUUAGCAAUCCUCGAAUUGGAGCUCAGUGAAGGUGACAUCACACAAAAAGGCUAUGAGAAGAAACGAAAUUUGAUUCUUGGAAAAUUCAGCAAAGGCUGUAGCGCAGAUCCAGGACAAUCCAAAGGAAGUCCAGGGACGCGUGCACAUCGACAGCAUCAACGACGGCUUACACGGGAUGAGACAAGGUUUCAUUCUGAGAUUCGAGCUGAAGCCGUACAGCAAGCACUGGCUGAGUACUCACAAGGUUACAAAGAACGGCCCAGCAUCGUUCAGCCGAUUAAACGGUCGACUGAGUCACGAGGUCGAUACAACCGGGCAUCUGAUUCGUCGUCGGAUGACGAUGACAGCUUAGUGGGAUCGCUGAAACGAAAAACGCAGCCUAUCGGGAAGCAGAAUGCUGGUCUAGGCGCUUCGAGGAACGGAAAUUCCGCGCCGCCAGAUGUUACUGGAGGAGCAGCAGUGGAAGCGAUGUUGCGCCGAGUUCGAGAACAACAUGAAAUCAAACUGCAGAUCCAGCGAGAAACGGAUUCUCGGUCAAAAAUAACAUCACCGAAAGCAGCUGAUGGAGUAAGUGAUGAUGUACGAGGAAGCAAAAGGAUCGAACCGGCAACGAAAAUCGAUGACGACGUUGAGCAGGCAACCCGAUUGAUAGAUGAAGUUGUGUACGUGAAUCAGGACUGCAUCAAAUCAUCCGACGGCCAAACAACACCGCCCAAUGCAAACAAUUACCAGAAUGCCGUGUUUUUGCAAAAGAAAUUGCCGAAGUUGUCGCAAAAGUUGCAGCAAGUGGUGAAUUGUUUACAGAGACCUAGCAGUCAGCCACUUCAGGAGUACUACAAGGACUACGACGCGGAGCUUGAAGCUGUAGCGAAAAUGAUCGACCCGGCUGCGCCACGACCUGAAGGACAAUUGAUGACGCCAGUCAGAGGUGAAAGUGCUGGAGCCGCCACACAAAAUCAACCAAGAAGUCUGGAUAGUGCUCUGCACCGAUAUGGCACAUCUGCUCCAAAAAGUAUCGCCGCGUUAGUCCUUGAUCAUGCAGGACGUCCUGGCCCGCAGGUCACCUACGGUAAACUGCUUAGUAGAUCAAAUAAAGUGGCGUUUAUGCUGUUGAACAAGACCAUUGCGAUCGGAAAAGACAAUACUAAAGCUCCCAUGUGCAAACCCGGAGAUCGAGUAGCUCUUAUUUAUGCAAACACGGAACCGUUGGCUUUCCUAGCCGCUUUUUAUGGAUGCAUUUUAGCUGGAGUUGUACCCGUCCCUGUGGAAGUGCCUCUAACAAAACGAGAUGCUGGCAUUCAACAGCUGGGAUUUCUGUUGGGUAGCUGCGGCGUUAAGGUUGCGCUAACGUCGGAAACAUGCUAUAAGGGUCUUCCCAAAGGGACAGCUUCGUCCACCUCCAGUCUCCCGAAAACAACACCUUCGGGCUCGAGUUCGCUAACCGGCAGUUCUCAGGAAAUCGUAGACUUGAAGUCGUGGCCGCGAUUGUAUUGGGUUAUUACCGAACAUUUAGCAAAACCAUCUAAAGAUUGGACAGCCCCACCAAGAGUAGCUGAUGAAAGUAUAGCCUACAUAGAAUAUUCGUGUGAUCGUGAAGGAGCUGUGAAAGGUGUCUGCGUGUCACGACAAUCGAUGCUGGCACAUUGUCGAGCUAUCACUGCAGCGAUGGAAUAUAAACAAGGCGAUACUAUGAUCUGUGUCCUCGAUUUUAAAAGGGAAGUCGGACUUUGGCAUGCGGUUCUCGCAGCAGUUUUUAACGGAAUGCGUGUGGUCUUUGUACCGUACUCCCUGAUGAAAAUCAAUCCAGCCAGUUGGAUGCUUAUGGCGACGAAACUACAAGCGUCCGUCGCAUUGGUGAAGUCUCGAGAUCUGCAUUGGGGCCUACUAGCCACUCGCGAUCAUAAAGACGUCAAUUUGUCAUCUCUGAAGUCGCUUUUGGUAGCAGAUGGUGCGAAUCCGUGGUCGCUUUCAUCGUGCGACCAGUUCGCAACAACAUUUGCAGCUCACGGACUAAAACCAGAGGCAAUGUGCCCCUGUUCUGGAAGCUCCGAGACGGGGACCAUAUCGUUAAGAAAGCGAACAGCAAGUGGAACCGGAAGCAGUGGUCGAGGAAUACUAUCGAUGGCCGCGCUAAGUCAUUCGGUUGUCAGAGUAGACAAGGAGAAUUCACUCACAAGCCUGACACUACAGGAUGCUGGCCAAGUAAUACCAGGCGGUUCCGUUGUCGUAGUCAAACAAACGGGUCCAUCAAGGUUGUGCCGGGCGGAUGAACUUGGAGAGAUUUGCCUAUGCGCUAACUCCACUGGCCAUGCUUAUUGGGGUUUGGAAGGAGUCUCGACGGCAACGUAUAAGGCUGAACCGUUGGGUGCAGAUGAUAAGCCCCUGGGCCCAAAACGCUAUGUUCGAAGCGGAUUGAUAGGCUUCAUGGGUCCCGAUGGACUUGUGUUUGUUGUCGGACGACGAACAGCACAGUUGAGCGUUUCUGGACGGCAACACUCAGCUGAUGACAUAAUUGCCACCGUACUCGCUGUAGAACCGAUGAGGUUUGUUUACCGAGGACGAAUAGCAGUAUUUUCUGUAUCAGUACUUCGUGAUGAAAGGAUAGUGAUAGUAGCAGAACAAAAGCCUGGCGCCAGUGAGGAGGAUGCCUUCACUUGGAUGUCACGAGUGCUGCAAGCUGUAGACGCAAUACAUCAGGUAGGCAUCUACUGCCUAGCCCUCGUCCCAGCUAAUCAGUUACCGAAGACACCUUUGGGAGGAAUUCAUGUGUCUGAGACAAGGCAACGAUUCGAAGCUGGAGAGUUACAUCCAUCGACACUUUUAAUGUGCCCACACAGCUGUGUGAUUAAUUUACCAAAGCCUAGAGAAGUGCAACCAGAUAUCGGUCCAGCCUCGAUGCUUGUGGGGAAUCUGGUGCAAGGUGUAAGGAUUGCUGGAGCACAAGGUCGUACUUUAGGGCAAGAAGAUGACAUGAAUCUCUUGGAAAUUCUUCGAUCGAGGGCUUCUUCGUCGCCGGAUCACAGAUUAUUCACUCUUGUUACAAGCAAGAAUCCUGAACAUGAUACAGCAACAUGCGCCAGCCUUCUGAAGAGAGCAGAACGAAUCGGUGCAUUCCUUGUAGAACGAGGUCGGUUAAAUGUCGGCGAUCAUGUGGCGCUAAUUUUCCCUCCUGGCAUCGACUUUAUUGCUGCCUUUUAUGGUUGCCUUGUUGCUGGCGUCGUUCCGGUAUGUAUACGAGCACCGUCGGCUUCUUCGCUUCAGACCACUUUACCGUCCGUACGGAUGAUCGUCGAUGUAAGCAAAGCAGUGGCGAUAGUGUCCAACAGCAGUGUUUGUAAACUUCUAAAGAGCAAAGAAGCUGCUCAUCGAGUAGACUCCAAAGCCUGGCCGAUGAUCUUGGACAUCGAAGAUUCCCCAGCAUCCUGGAAGCGAAAAACGAGCUCAGAACCGUCGGAACCUCUGCCUUCUGAUGCUUGUUACCUGGAUUUCUCUGUGAGUACCACCGGACAACUGGUAGGAGUUAUUGUCAGUGUGGGUGGAGCACUGAGUAUGUGCAGGAGUUUGAAGGUCACCUGUGAGCUAUAUCCUUCGCGCCAUGUCGCCUUGUGUCUGGACCCCUAUUCUGGUCUAGGAUUUGCCUUAUGGUGCCUAUCUAGUAUUUAUUCUGGACACCACACGAUUCUUAUUCCACCAGCUGAGGUGGAAGCAAACCCGUCACUAUGGCUAAUGACAGUUUCUAACUUGAAAGCUCGUGAUACAUUCACCACUUACGGAAUAUUAGGAAUAUGUAUUCAAGAGUUGGCGUCGCAAGUAUCGACCCUCAAAGACAAAGGAUUGAACUUGGCUUGUGUUCGGACUUGCGUGGUUGUAGCUGAGGAGCGACCGCGUGCCAAUUUAGUGAACGCAUUCUCACGCAUAUUUGCCCCGCUAGGACUUUCUCCAAGAGCUGUAUCCACAUCGUUCGGAUGCAGAGUGAAUGCCGCAAUUUGCAUGCAGGGUGCAUCUGGCCCCGAUCCAUCGAGUGUGUAUGUGGACGCGCGAGCACUGAGGAAUGAUCGGGUGACGUUGGUUGGCAAAGGAGCACCUCAUAGUUUAUUGCUGAUGGAAAGCGGAAAGCUUCUUCCUGGAGUAAAAGUGGUUAUAGCGAAUCCGGAAACUCGAGGACAAUGUGCAGAUUCACAUCUCGGCGAAAUAUGGGUUUCAUCUCCACACAAUGCUAUGGGUUACUUCACGGUUUAUGGCGAAGAGACGAGUCUUCACACGGAUCAUUUCAACGCUCGGCUUGCAUUCGGCGACACAAUGACGAGGUUCGCUCGUACGGGAUAUCUCGGAUUCUUACGACAAACACAAGCAAUAACCGAAGACGGAGAACUACACGAUGCAGUUUUUGUCGUAGGUGCACUUGAAGAAACCCUCAUGCUUCGUGGAAUGCGAUAUCAUCCAGUUGAUAUUGAGUCUACUGUAACUCGAUGUCAUAAAUAUCUAGGAGACUGUGCUGUGUUCACGUGGAGUCAUUUAAUAGUUGUUGUUGCUGAAUGUACUGGAGCUGAGAAUGACGCGUUAGAUCUGGUGCCUGCGGUGACCUCUUCGGUUCUCGAGGAGCACUACUUGAUAGUUGGUGUUGUUGUGGUUGUCGACCCGAAUACGAUCCCCUUAAAUUCACGUGGUGAAAAGCAGCGACAUCUGCUCAGAGAGAACUUUUUGCAUGAUCAGUUAGAUCCGAUUUAUGUUGCCUAUAAUAUGUGA